CUUUUUUCUUCAGGACAGGCCUGACGAUCGAACUGGCUGUUCUGCCCGGGGACUUGAGUUGCAUCGAGGAGAUUUGGCAUCGUCACCAUGAGGUUGGCUGACUUUUGCAGGGGAUUUUUCUUUCCAUUGCCCAUGCCAUUGGGCUGGCACCGAACCGCCCGGGUAAUCUCACAUCUCGCCGCAGCGCCUCACGUACUCGGCUUCUGGAGAAUUUCGGGGUGGUUUGUUAAGUUGUCGGAUCCUCGAGGCUUCGUUGCUGUGCAGUGAUUUCCCCGAGCAUUUGAUUUUUAGGCCCGAAUUGGAUGUCCUUGUCCUCCACUUCCCGUGAGGUUUAGAGAUGCUGGGCCAGGUCUUUAGAUUUUGACAAUUGGUGAUAGAUGCCUCGUGGGUUUGGCUUUGGUUUUGGUUGCAUCUCAUACGCGUGCCUUAAGUGGGAUUUCAUUUUCGUGGUUUUGUAAAUUUUCUACCUCUCAUCGGGUGUCGUUUCUUUGGCAUCGUUAGUUUCUCGUUUAUCGCGGGUUUGGGGGUUGUAGCUAGCAAUGGCAGAGUGUGUCGUCUUUCUUAAAGGCCUGCGGUUAGGGUAAAUUGUUGCAUGUGUUGCGUGCUUGAGCGUUCGAAAGAGUGACUCUCUUUAAUUCUCCAUUGCUGCAACCAGCAAUUGGCACUGUUGCGGUUACUUUAGCUGGCGGACGCGCAGUGGGUGUUAAGUUCUUUCAAGGUGAGAUUUGCAGUGGAUUGCAAGCAUGAGGGCGGUUGUAGCCGCAGUGGGUGCUACACUUCGUGUGGACACUCUCUCUCCCUCCUCGACUGCACAGGUUGUGUGCAAAACCAAUUUUCUGAAUGCCUCAGGAUGCCUCGCUAUACAAACUGUAGCACAGCAGCAACGGGUAUGCAGUAGCUUCCACAAGGUCGAGAAAGCCUUGGAUGUCGGGCUUCAGAACAAGCGUAGGUUUAACCAUUCAAAUUCCUUCGCUUGCCGGUGUUCUGCUUCUGGAAGUUCGGAGGACGCGAGCAACGUGCCACAGGAGGGAGACCAUACAAACGAUGGAGAAGUGGGGCCUUCUUCAGUGUGGGACUUACCUUCUCGGCACAAGCAGAUGCAGGCUGCGGCUGCCAAAAUGGGGGACCCACUGCGUGACAUGGUAAGUGUUGCCAGUAAGAAGCUGCAAAGCUACUUGGACAGUUACAAUUCCAUCAAGACGAAGGCGGAAGUUGAUGAUGAGCUCGUGCCUGAGCAGGAGACAGAGCAGGAAAGUGAUUGGGUGAGAUGGCAAAAAGUGUUCGCAGAGGUUGAAUCGUGUGAAAGUCUAGCCACAAUGCUAAAGAUUCAAAUGGAAAAGGCUGUUGAGCAGGAGGACUUCCAAUCUGCUGCGAAGUGCAAGGCUGCACUUGAUGCUGUAACAGAGAAAGAUAUAGUUGCAGAUGUUAUGAAUGGGUUAGAGCAAGCCUUGGCUGAUGAACGUUACGACGAUGCGACAUUGCUCAGGGAUAAAGCAGGUGCUGGCCUGGUAGGGUGGUGGGUUGGUCUUGCGGAAGGAGGAAAUGACCCUUAUGGUCGCAUAAUUAAUAUUUACGCUGCUCAUGGACGACUUGUUGCUAAAGGCUACACUGCCAGGCAAUUGGCUACCGCUGCUGCUGGCGUGCCUUUAUUUGAAAUUUUUAUUACGAAGGAAGGAGAAAGACACUAUGGGCAACAGGCUGUUUAUUUGCAACGAGAUGCAACUGUGACAACAGAACCUUCAUCUGGCUCUGCAGCGGCUGUCGAUACAAAUGUAUUAGAUGUUGAGAACUCAGCAAGAGACGAGGAUACUAGUAACACUGCGGAAGAAUCGUCAGAAGACGCUUCGGAGAGUAGGAAGGGAAAGGCUGGCGAUAGUGCAAUAUUAGACGAGCCUUUGAGUAAAAUUAUGAGUUUUUUAAAGGAUCGUAUACCAGACGUCAAAUUGAAAGUGUUCAAGGUUAUUGCACCAGAAGGUGCGGAUGCGGAGUUACCAAAGAUAGUGGAGCAACUUAUGGAGCAAGAGGAUUCAAGCAGCAGCAAGCAACAAGAUCUGUCUGAGGCUAGCACCAGCAAUACCAAUAUCAAUAGUGCUACUGAGAAGAAGGGAUUAGGUAGCAAGUUUCCACUUGAUGGGAAGAUUCCAGUAGGAGGAAUUGGGGAAGACGAGAAGGAGAUGUCUAUUAGGUUAGUUGUAGGAGGUGUGUUACAGAAUAACAUAGAUUCUGAGCCCUCCAAGCUUCCUGUUCGAGUUCCUGCUAGGAUUGAACAUAAAGGGCAAAAUGCGUUUACUUUUCACAUAGAGGAUACAGGUAGCACGCCAGCUGGGGCUGCUCCAUCUAAAGAGUUAUCAUAUAAAAUGGCGACUAUUGCAUCCCAAGCACCAACUGAUUUGAUGGCGGAUGAUGUUGCGAAAGUUCUUUGGAAUGUCGAGACGGUACCUGUGAAGGUAUCUAAGGAGAUGAGUGAGAUCAUCAGAGUAGCUGUUAGCCAAGCUCAAAGACGGCGAGGCUUGUUCACCAGCACCAAUUUUCGUCGAAUCAACGUCUUAGAGAGUAGCACAGAUCCUCUUUGUGGAUUAUAUAUAGGCGCGUUCGGACCUUAUACCUCGGAAGUAGUGCAAUUGCAACGAAAGUAUGGUCAUUGGGAAAGCGAUGAAGCUAGCGCUAGUGGGCAAAACUUGGAGUUCUUCGAAUAUGUGGAGGCUGUAAAACUGACCGGUGAUUUGAAUGUUCCCGCUGGGCAGGUGACUUUUAGAGCCAGAACAGGGCGAGAGAGUCGACUAUCUCAUCGUGGAGCUUAUCCUGAAGAACUUGGAGUGGUGACAAGGUACAAAGGGCAAGGAAGGUUAGCUGAGCCUGGUUUUCGCAAUCCUCAAUGGAUAGAUGGUGAACUUGUGCUUCUUGACGGGAAGGGCGGAGGUCAUACAAAUGGAGCGGCACUCGGCUUUGUGUAUUCAGUUCCUGAGCGUCACUUUCUUGUACUUUUCAAAAGGUUGAAUCUGAGUCUAGAUUAGGUUAAUGCCUGGACAAUAUUCGCCAUAUAUCAGUAGGAUUAUGUAAAAUGAACUCAACGGAUGGUCGAAGAGUUGAAUUACUACGGUGAAAACACCAGUGUGGGGGGCUAGAGUUGGUGUGGAAUCGAAAUUGGUGAGUAAGUUUCUGGAUCCAACAUACUGAGCGAUGGACGAAAUGCAAGUUUCAAGUCGAUUGACCAUCAUCAGCAAUUGGUCGAAUUGGUGUUCAUAGUUUUGUAGAGGAUGCUGAAAGUCAGAAAUAUUGGACAGACCACGAAAAUUAUCCAUAUUUUUGAAUCUGUACAUUAUCAUAUGUAGUAAAAUCAGGGAAGCAGUUGUUUUCGGAACCAACCGACCAUUUUUUCAAAA